CAAUCCCUUAUCAAAUUCCUGAAUUAUUUGCAUGCAAACUUUAAUCUGCUUUAUGUAAACAUCAACAUAAAAAUGUCAACAAGUUUAUCAGUCGACCAAUUUACUCAUGAGAAAGUGUCUGCUUUCUUGAUGCAUUUUUGCAAUCCUCAAACUUUAUAAAUUCCCGAUGCACUAAGAACAAUAUUCAUUUAAUUGUGAUCAGCAUUGAAGUUUGAACAAGAUGAGACUCUGGUAUUGGAUGUGGACAGUUUAGUGGAUCAUCUUCUAAUGCACAAGCUGCAUCGCAAAGCUUCAAUUCAGGAGGUGGAUUUCCUGGUUUUGGCACUGGAUUUACUGGAAGUUCGUCAAAUGCUCAGGCUGGAAGUAAGACAUUUAGUCAAGGAUAAAAUAAAAUAAAAUUUGUGAUUAAUUUAUCUUUGAAUGGUUUUAUUAAAAACUUUGGAAUUUUUGAAAUAAUUUUGACAAGCUUAUGAGCUAUAAAAUUGAUAAGAUUGUGUUAAUCUUUUGGAAAUUCUAAUAAAAAUUAAUUUGGGUUUUCCAAUGUAAAUAAAUCACAGAAAUAAAAUACUCAUUAAAUUUUUAAUUCUCUUUGCCAUAUUUGUAAUAAAAGAAGUACUCGGUCUGAAGCAGAUAGUCUCUUCGAGAGUAAAUUCGCUCAGAAGAAAUGACAAACUUUCUCAAUAUGAUUAUCGAAAGCUAAAAUUAUAUAUAUAUUUUUUAAGUUUUUUCAAAAUUUACAUGAUGUCCUAUAAAUUAACAGACCAAUCUAAUCACUAUUCAGUUCAAAGGAAUCAGUCUUCAAAAUUAAAUCAAAAUGAAAUUCUUAAUUAUGCUUUUUGCCAUUAUUGCUGCUGUAUUUGCAAUCCCACAGCAUUAUGGUGGACGUCCAAGUGCAUAUGGCUAUAGACCAGCAGGUGGAUUCAGUGGAUCAGCUUCUAAUGCUCAGGCUGGGUCACAAAGUUUUAAUACCGGAGGUGGAUUCAGUCCAUAUGCAGGUGGAUUUGGUGGAAGCAAUGCAUUUGCCAAUGCAGGAAGUCAAUCUUUUGGUUUCGGACGAUAAAGGAUGAUGAACAUUUUACAAGAAAUUAAUCUUCAAUGAGUAGUUUUAAGAGAGGCUUU